AUGUCGACUUCCAGUUCACAACCUCCCAGCCCUCCCACGACAGCAUGCAUCGGUCUAUCCGCCACAGCCCUUAUUGUUUUCACUAUCCUGUUAUUCCCAGCGCUAUAUGUGGCAUAUAAACACCGAAAAGUUGGUCAAGCAUGGUUUCCACCAUUCAUUAUCUUUUUUGUCUUUCGGAUCACGUCGGAAAUUUAUUACCUCUCCCGACGUAACGAACCUGAUAUCCCGACUGCAUAUGCUAUGGUUGCGGCUGCUGCCAGCACCGCUACGUUAUCAGUGACCAUAAUCGGCAUAAUCUACGAAGCUCUGAACCUCCCCCUGUUCCCGUACAAACGCCAAAGAAACCGCAUAGCGCUCAUCGCGAUGAACGUAAUCUACAACAUCGGCACCAUCCUAGCCGCAUAUGGUGGAAUGAGAGAUACAACGAUGCCAGACAACAUUAAGAACGGAGCCGCCGACAAGGCCGGAAACAUCAUCAUGUUCCUCGUGAUGAUUGGCACUCUGGUCUGGCUAUAUCCUGCUGGCAAGCACAUCUACUAUGCUCGACAAGAUAUAAGCUACCGCUCCGCUGAAGUGCUGAUGAUGGCUGCUGCACCUGCGACAGUCCUUCAGUUGAUCCGCAUGAACUACGAUCUCAUUUACUCAUUUACACAAAUCGCAAUGCUGCAUCCCACCACAGGCAGCUUUGCCAUUAGAUUUGUCACUUUUUCCCUGCAGCUGGCAAUAGUUGGGAUGGUGAUUGUUGCUGGUUGGUUUAGUAAAGAUGCUGCAACUAUUCGCGCUAGAGUUCUUAAAACAGAUAGCACGUCUGAGUUAGUUUGA